UCCCGAGUAGCGACCAUCGGGGGCGCCUGGCUUGAGCCUCCCUUCCCCGCCCCCACCUGGAGCUCCAUCCUCCGGGCCUGGGACACCCUCCAUCCCCCGGGACCCCUGUUCUCAGGUCCGUGGCCCCCAGGACCCCAGAUCUGUGACAUCCUCCAUCCACCCAGAACCCCCGUCCUCUGGGCCUGAGACCUCUCUACCACCUCCCCCAGGUCUGAGAUCCAUCAUCUCCUCGGGACCGUCCUUCUCCCCAUUUCCACAGGCCUGAGAUCCCCCCCCCCCCCGCUCCCAUCCGCCACUCCGAGCCAUGCCCUCUGUGUUGCAUUAGGAGCUGCUGUACAGAGGUUAGAAAGCCCAGCAUGCGUUUGGGUUAGACUGCGACUUUGAGCGAUGAGUGAGUGGGCUGACAAGAAGCCAGGACUGAGGCUGGAGGCUGCGAUCCAGAAACUAGAGGACACAGUCCUGAGCCCAGAAGCCAGCAAGGAGGAUAAGACAUUGACUGUGCGGGGAGAGGGGGAUCGAGCCACGCCCAUCCCAGUUCCAGCCAGGAUUCGGCAGAUCAUCACUGAGAGCCUGACAGAAGAGUCAUCCCAAGCUCUGUGGGAAACAACCUCUUCAUUCAAUAUGCAAGAAGAAAACCGUUUGCUGCAGAAGGAGGUCUCAUGCCUUGAGGACCUGCUGGCACAGACCCGGGCAGAGAAGGAUGAGCUGGCAAGCAAGCACCAUGCCAUCAGUGAGAGGCUGGAGAAGGCGCUGCGGGUGGAAGCAGCCCAGCGGGAAGGGGAUGGUAGCCUGACCCUUAUGGAGCUGAGGCAGCGGUUCGAGGAUGAUGAGAAGGCAUACAAGUGCAAGCUGCUGGCCUAUCAGGAGGGGCAGCAGCACCAGGCUCAGCUGGUCCAGAGGCUCCAGAACAAGGUACUGCAGUACAAGAAAAGAUGUGGAGAGCUGGAGCAACAGCUGCUAGAGAAAACAUCCGAAUCCGAGCACCAGAAACAGAUGCUGCAGACUCGGCUGGAGUCCACAGAAUCCCACCUGUGCCGCUCAGAGCACGACCACAGCACAGAACUGGAAAACACUCUUAUCUGCCUGGAGGAGGAGCAGCAGAGGGGCACCAGCCUUUCCCAGAUGAACAUGCUGCUGCGGGAACAGCUGGACCAGAUGAAAUGCUCCAAUCAGAGACUGGCUGGGGAGCUGGAGAAGGCAACAUCAGACCUACACAGGCUGAGAGGCGAGCUAGAGCAGAGAGCAUCCCAGUGGGGCAACAGCAGGGAGAGCUCUGGCGCGUACUUAAGCAACGAGCACAGCAGGAUCCUGCUGCUAUGGCGCCAAGCUGCCACGCUGCGCAGUAACUUGGCGGAGCUGCGUGCCAGAGCAGAGGGAGGUCUGGCUGAGGCUCAGAAAGACAUGGCAAGGACUGCACGCCGCCUUCAGACUGCCUGCCUGAACCUGGACUCGAACCUGCGUCUGUCUGAGAGUGGCACAGCCUGCUCUCUAGAGAAGCAGGCUCUGCAGGGGGCACGCUUGGAGCAGCAGCUUCGGGAGAAGGUCUGGGAGAUGAUUCAGCUCCAGAGCCGCUGGGAUGGCGAGAAAGUAGAGCUGAACUCCAGGAUAACAGAACUGACUGCUUUAGGACAGAAACUUAAAGAACAGAAUGCAAAGAAAGAGAAGACCAUCUCUGCUCUAAAACUGGACAUUCAGAAACUGGAAAUCAUUAAAACUGGAGAGCUACUGGAGGUGCAGGACCUGAAAGAUGAAAGUGAAUCUUUGCAGCGAAUCAUGAACAGCAUCACACAGGUGGCUCUGGCCGAUGCUGAGAGUGUAGGGCCCCUUUCACUGGACAGCGUGAGGGCGACAGGUGCAGAAGACCUUGGCAGACAAACCUCCUCUUUGCACUCUAGCUCUUCACAUCACCAGCGGGCGUCGCCGUCCCGCGCCCACUCCCCAUUGCACCAGGAUGCUGUGCUGCAAGCCGUGCAGAGUGCCCUCCAGAGGCGACAGCAGCGUGAGCAGGAAUUGCAAUUGCAGCUGGAGUCCGCCCAGGACAUGCUGGGGGCCGUCAGGAAGCAACUGUCUGAUUGCCAGCAGGAAGUGCAGGUGGCAGAGCAGCAGCUGCAGGAGCGUGAGGAGCUGGCCAGAGCCCUGCAGGAUUGCAGGCGGGACUUGCAGCACUGUAAAUCCUCAGUGGAGAUUCUCAGCAGGGAGAAGGAGACCAGAGAGGCCAUGGUGGGAACUCUGAGCGAGCAGGUGGACUCCUCCUAUCUGGAGGUGGAAAGGCUGAGGACACGCACCAUGGAGCUGCAGAGGCAGCAAAGCCUCCUGGAGGAGCAGAAGGAGGAGCUGGCAAAGGAGCGGGAGAGAGCGAGAAAGGAGCUGGAGCAAGGGCAGAGGUCCCUGGAGCAGUUAGAAGAGAAGACCUCAGCCUUGAAGAAGGAGCUGGUGGUGGUAAAGGAGUCCUUGAACCAGGCCAUCCUGGAGAAGGACAUGCUGGAGAAUGAGAAGGAAUGUGUAAGCUGUGCUCUGUCUAAAGCCAAGACCAACAGUGCUAAGCUAGAACUAGCCAUAAACAAGCUGAAAUCGGAGGAGUCCGAGCUGAGAGACUCACUGGCCAAGAUGGGAGCUCUGGCUGAAGGUCUUGCCCAAGACAAGGUCAACCUCAACCGCCUUCUCCUGCAGCUGGAGGAGGAGAAGAGCUCGCUGCUGGAGCAGAGACGAGAGCUGGAGCAGGAGCGAGCUGGCCUGCGAGAGCAAUUGGUACACCUGGAGCAGGAGCUGGCAUGGAUGAGCGCAGCCAGGCAGGAGCUGGAGCAGAGCUGCCAGGUGGCAGAGGAGAGGCAAGAGGCUCUGGGGGAAGAGAUGAGAUUGCUGCGCAGGGAAAAAGCCCAGCUGCAGGAUCACCUGACGCAGGCGAGCAGCCAGCAGCACACUCUGAGUGAGCAGCUGGCGCACAGUCACCAGGAGCUGGAGAUUCAGGCUGAUGCCCUGCUUCGCACCACCCAGGAGAAGGAGGAGCUCGCUAAGGAGAAGGCACAGCUGGCUGUGGAGUUCAGUGUACUGGAGAGGCAGAGGAAGGGCCUUCUGGAAGAAACAGACAUGCUCAGAGCUGAGAAAGACUCACUGGAGAUCAGCCUUUUUGAGAUGCAGGAGCUAGCAGCACAGCUGGAAGUCCAGAAGGAAAAGCUGGAAGGGGAGAAUCAGAGCCUUGACCAGACAAGACAGGUGCUCCAAGUGGAGGUGGAGAAGGCUCAGCAGGAGCUGGAGCUGCAGGACACCACCCGGAGGCGGGAUAUAGAGUCACUGAAGCAGCAGCUGGCACAGAUGGAACAAGAGACUCAGCUGUCUCUGAAGAGCCAGAAGAAGGCCCAUGAGGAGGACCUGGCAUGGCUGAAACAGGAGAAGGAGAGUCUGCGUCUGGCACUGAGGGAGGAGAAGGAAGAGGCUGUGCACCGGCUGCACCAGGAGAAGGAGGAGCUGCUGUCCAAAUGUGAGGCUGAGAAAGAGGAGCUGGCUGAGGAAGUACUGAGUUUGCAGCAGGAGCGGGAUGAAAGCCUCCUCCUGUUGGAGAAUGACAAGCAGAAGGCACUGUCCCUGAAGGAAACAGAGAAGAGUCUACUGUCAGAGAAGCUCAGCGAGGCCCAGCGGGAGCUUAUGAACACCAGGAUGGAGAUCGACCGGGUGAAGCUGGAGGCUCUGAACCGCCAAGAGCAGGAUAAGAACACAGUCACCAGUAUCACUGGAGAGCUGCACACCUUCCAAGCUAAGUUUGAAGAUGCAGUGGCUGCCCAUCAGAGAGAGGUCAAGAGCUUGAACGAGCACAUAAAGGAGCUGGCAAGAGAGAGGGACUCUGCGGUGAGGGAGGCAGAACAGUUAAGGACGCAGUUGCGGCUUGCAGAGGAUGCCCGCGAUGGGGUGCACAAGGACCUGAUCGAGUUGCACGACAGGUUGCAGGAGGGUGAGGAAGCCCGAGAGCUCCAGCGCAAGGAGAUGUUGGAAACCUGCAGGGUUUUGGGAGAUGAGACCAGGGAGAAGGAAAUAAUGCAGAAAUCCAAUACUGAGCUGCGAGAUGCCAUCAAGAAGAUGGAGAGCAAAAGGAUCAGCUUGAAGAGAGGCCUAGAGGAGAAGGAGCAGAAAAUCACCAUGCUGGAGGAAACCAAGGCUGCAGCUCAGAAGGAGGCAGGAGAGCUGAGGGCAAACCUGCGGAAGGUGGAGAAGUCUCAGAUGGAGGCCCGCCGGGAGCUGCAGGAGCUGCACAGACAGGUGAAGAUGCUGGGGGACGAGAACAGCAAAAAGGGAAAAGAGGUGAGCGAGUUGCAGGCCCGUCUUCUGCAGCAGGAGCAGCGUGAGCAGCUGUGCCGCAGGCAGUCCCUGGAGCUGAAGCAGAGGAUCGCGGAGAUGGAGGGCAGCCAGGAAUGUGUUCGCAAAGAGGUACUAAGCCUGCAGAGGAAGCUGGUGGAGGUGGAGUGGGAAGCCAGAGCCAGAGAGAAGGGGCUGACCAACAGCCUGGGCGAGAGUCACAGCAAGGAGAAGAAGCUCCGGGAUGAGCUCCAUAACAUGGAGCUGAAGCUGCAGCAGGCUGGCGGGGUCAGCGAAGGCCUCCAACUGCGCCUCAGCACCACCGAGGGGCACCUCCAAGGCCUAGAGACAGAGCUGGCCAAGGCGGAGGCUGCCAAGAGGGAGGUGGAGUCGAAGCUUGGGAUGCUGCAUUCUGCCCUGCGCCGGACACUAGGGCUGAGUGGGCAGAGCCCCUCGCCCCAGAGACCCUGCUCCCCUAGCAAAGGAACUGACGGGCGACAGACUCCGGCCUCCCGCACUGUCUCUCCAGAGAGGAGCCAUUCCCGCUCCCCCUUUGGUUGGGUUUCCCCUUUCCAAGGGGAGCACAGUUCCAGUGAGCCUGACCCGGAGAGAGUUCGAGAUGCUUUGAGAGACUUCCUGCAGGAGCUGCGAGACACUCAGAGAGAAAGGGAUGAUUUAAGGACACAGGUGAUGAACCUGAACCGUCGGCUGAAUGAAAUGGCGAGUGACCGGGACCAGACCAACAAUCGUAUCGUGCAGUUGCAGAAGUUGCUGGCAGACUCUGAGGAAGGCAAGCGAGGCAUGGACGGGCGCCUGAGCAGUGCACAGAUGGCCCUGGCGCUGCAGGAGGAGACCAUUCGGAGAGUGGAGAGGGAGCGCCAUGCCUUGGCAGAGCAGAUCGCUACCCUGGAGUGCAGCAUGCAUGCCAGGGAGGAGAAGAACAGGGAGCUACAGGUGAAGGUCACUAGGCUGAAAGCCAAGGAUACCAAACUGGAGACGGACAAGCGGAGGCUGAAAGAAGUCCUGGAGGCAGCCGAGAGCAGGGCCACCAAGCUGGAGCUGAGCCAUCGCUCCAUGGAAGGGGAGCUUCAGCAUGUCCGGCUCAGCCUGGUGGACCGAGAUACUGAGAUCCAGGCCCUGCAGGAGCAGGUCCAGGCCCUGCGCUGCCAGCUGGGGGACAGCGAGAGCAAAUCAGCCAUGCUGCAGCAGGAGCUGGGCCGCCUGGGUCACUCACUGGCCCAGACAGAGGACAAGGAGAGCCACCUGAAGGACAAGGUGCAGAGCCUUUCCCAGGCACUGACUGAUGCCUCCACGGGGUCCUCCACCCUUCAGGAGAACAUCUUCCAGUUGCAGAAGGCUCUGACAGCAGCGGAGCAAGAUCGCCGGGUGCUCCAGGAGCGCAUGGACUCCGUGCGGCAGGCGCUGUCAGACAGCAAGAGGCAGAACCACAGCCUGACGGACACCAUGCGCAUGCUGCAGGACCAGCUGGGAGAGCUGGAGUUGAGGUGCAGGGAACUGGAGGCUCAGGUCGAGCACCUACAAGAGAUAGUCUGUCAUCAGCAGCAGAGUGAGCAGGAGGCUGCAGCAUUGCUGCAGAAUGUGCAGGAUGAGAACAGCAUUCUUCAGGAGAGACUGAUGACACUGCAGCGAGCUGUAGCCCACCUAGAAGGGGAGAACAAGGAGCUGGAGCGAUCGGCCUUCGAGCUGAAGCAGGACAAUUCUGCCCUGAAGAAGACCCUCAGCAAGGCAGAACGGGAGAUGUUCAGGAAAGAAGACAAUGCCAUGUGGUUCAGUGCAGAGAAGAAGCAGCUGGACCUGUCACUGAGCUGUCUGCGCCAGGAGGUGGAGGACACCCUGAGACAGAAUCAGCCACUGCAGGUGAACUCGCUGAAAGAGCAGUUGGGCCAGGAGGUGCAGAAGAGACAGUCCUACCUCACUCAGGUGCUCCGGACAGGGAAAUGAUCCUGAAAUAGCCCUUGUGUUCCAGCCUGGUAAGACCUAGUCAAAGACAACACUCAGGACCAGCUUUCAACAGUGACUCUGCAGCCUGCAAGCCGGACUCUGACAUCUCCUCCUGCGCCAGGACACUUGACUGACUCAUGGCCAGCAUUGCUGUGGGGAGAGGUUUCUGGGAAGAGCCUGCACCACACCAGUGGCUGGAGCAAUGGGGACUGUAGACCUUACACAGCCAAAAGGAAACCCUGCGGUGAGGACAGCUGUUCCCUUGGUGAUGGCCGAUUCCCAUGCCACUGCUGCAUAGCCAAUUAAUGUAGGCCAUUUGGCAAUGGGGGACUUCUCUGUCAUUAGGGCCACCAGGGUGUUUCUCAUCCAGGGGCUGAGGGGUCUGGCUGGGGAUUUGUGUGUUUGUUGUAACCAUACUAAUGGGUCCUGGCUUCCUAUGUUAUCUCACCCCUAUUGUUUAAAUAGCUCUGCUCUCCCAGCAAUCGGGGCCACUCUUCUCUCCCUCAGGAGCAGUGCCAUUUGGGCCUCAUCCAGUACUGUCAGGGGCCUCCUGUCUAGCUGGUGGAGUGACAGACCCUCCCAAUCUCAGCAGCAUCUUCUCAUUAUGCUAGACAGGGUCUGUCGCCAUCAGACAGAUCUGUGCAGCUUGAGGAACUGGUCCUUGAGUGCACAGAACCUGCAGGGGACUGUAUCCACCGACAUUAAUCAAAAACCUAGUGUACGUUAACGAGAUGCAGGGAGAGAGCACAUCUCCACCACGCCUGGAGACUGGUCAAGCCCUUCAUCCUUUCAGGAAACACAGGCCUUUUUUAAUGGUGGCAGGUGGCUGGGAUUAGCUCAAAGCCAAGUCAUCUUGUGACUCACUGGCCCUGAGAGGCGUCAAAGUGUAAAAUUCAACGUUCCACCCACUCUGCCAGCCACAGGCUCUAAGCAAAUCCCUGAAGGAAUCAAACUGUGGUUUCCAUGGCAACAGAGGCAAUCAUCUUGGGACUGCUUUGGCCUUCACCUGUUAGCAUUUUACAUGUUUUCCCAUGACUGGCUGGGGGGGGGGGAGUAAUUUGUCCCAACAUUGUGGUUUUUUAAGCACUGAUUUUAAAUGCUGAGAGUGUUUGCUAAGGAAAUCAACAGUGGCAUUUUCAAGGCUUUGGAUGGAUCUUCCUGCAUUUCAUCUUUUAACAAUAUUUGAUAAGCGACAUCUGAUUCUGUUCCUUCCCAUGAUACAGGUAAAUCUUCCCCACGCCCACCUGCACCCCAUGCUGCCUGGCUCAGUGCAGCAUACAGGCAUGUAGAGCAAUUCUGCUCGCACACUGGCCUAACUCCAGUGACUUCUGUGGUGUCACUCUGGCCUUACACCAGUGUCAGUGAAAGUGGGACCAGACCUACACAGGGACCCAGUUCUGUCAGCUUCUGAGCACCCUUGAGGGUGACCCCACAGCAGGCAGGAGGUGCUCAGGUCCUCAUAGGACUGGGCCAUCAGAAACACUGGGCCAGAUCCUCAGCCGGUGUAAAUUAAUGUGGCAUCAUUGAUUUCACUGGAGUGAGAUUGGUUCAUGCAUUCAAGGAGUUGGCCCAUUGACUUCAAUGGAGCUAUGCUGAUUUACACCAGCUCGAGACCUCACCCAUUGAUUCCCAUGGGU